UACGUAUUCUCAGUCGCUCGCCCACGCUGCCUUCUUCAGCGCUUCGAAUCUCCUCAGAGGCCCCAAAGAGCAGCUAUCGGGACCAUGGCGAACAUAUCCCAGUCUUUGCACGCUCUUCUGGAAAGAGCUCAAAAGCAAGAUUCGCUCGGCAAGCUCAUAAUCGAAGCCCUCGUCCUAAUCGAGUCUGUCAUCGACAUCCUUGGAGAGGAAACUGUGGCGAUCUCUUUUAAUGGAGGUAAAGAUUGUACGGUAUUGCUGCAUCUCUAUGCUGCUGUCCUGUAUGCCCGACAUACCCCUUCCCUCCCACCUCAUCUAUUUCCCAAGCCUUCUCCAAAGAUAACGAUCCCUCCGCUGCCAUCUCGUACCCCGCAAGAACCUCUUUCGCCCCAACCAGUUCUUCCACCUUCCUUGCCAGCAUGUACGCCUCCUUCCAUCACCCCACCAGCCUCCAACCCGUCCCCACCCUUUUCACAUCCUCGCUCCACCCACCACCACCCACCGACCGAUCUUCCGUACCCACCAAUCCGUUCAAUAUAUAUAACAGCUCCCAACCCUUUUGCUGAACUCGACGAGUUUGUACUUUCAUCCACCAAGCUGUAUGGACUGGAUUUGUACAGAUUUGGAGGGGGUAUGAAGGCUGCUUUGGAGGAAUGGCUGGGAUGUGGAGGAGGAAGGGGAGUAAAAGGCGUUUUGGUCGGUACGAGGCAGGGUGAUCCCAAUGAUGCCGUGGACAUAAUAGCACCCACCGACCCUUCCUGGCCUCAGUUCAUCCGCGUCCACCCUAUUCUUCAUUGGACAUACUCGGAUGUAUGGGACUUCCUCCUUGAACUUCAGGUGCCGUACUGUAUACUGUAUGACCAAGGUUACACAUCGUUGGGUUCAACGACAAAUACUUUACCGAACCCAUUGUUGAAAAGCGAAAGUGUGGAAGGGGGAUGGGAACCAGCACAUAGGCUGAAAGACGCAAGCCAAGAACGUGCUGGAAGGCACUGAAAAAGCAGUCUCUGACUAGCGGCGGGAUACAUAGCAUAACAGUAACACUGUAACUCAUAUAUUAGACGGGGCCUAUACAUGUAGAGUAGCGAUGGAAAUGAAUGUGCCAGGGAAAUGAUUCAAGUGGUGACAAGCGUCAUAUAUUUAUUUAUGACCGAAACGAGAAAAGCUCGGAAGAACUAUGCAUAAAACACUUUUUUCUCCUUCUACCCGA